CCGACAUUUUGAUUGAACUGCUGUACUAGUGUACAACAGCGUUUAAAAUUUAAAUGCCUCCCCCUUGAAAUAAUUUCGAAACCAAAACAAAUAGACAAACGACAGAAAGCUAGAGAAUCAAUCCAACCGGGGCAUCGAAAGGUACUCUUGGGGAAAGGGUGGUGGGAUGACCAUACUGCGUGAAACAAGGGAGAUAGACCACCUUGUUGGACAUCAUUGUUUCACUGCAGAGUGGACCCAAAUAUUGAAAAGGAAAAAUAAGUCCGAAAUGAACGGGGACAUUGUAUGUGGCCAUUCCAUCACCCUUUUAAGCCCCAGCAAGUCAAAGUCACCUGUCCAUGAUGAGAUGACAAUAAAACUAACUCAAGAAGGAAAGUGUCCUGGACGAUGUUCUCUGCAAAAUGACACAUCAAAGCCAGGAGAUGCCAGGAGACUUAACCCAGCUAACUCAGAUACCUGUGUGUUGACUCUGACUGAGAGGGAAGGAUGUCACAGUCAACACCCUCCCUGCUGGACAGAAGAUCUUGCCUCCUCACAGCAGCACUACGCUCCAGCUUGCCUUCGUUCCCCAGACGAUCUCUCUCCUCCACCCAGCAACAACAUCAUUCACAACCCAUUCCUCACGAACAACUCCGCUCACUUGACCAAGUACAGAAAAGGCGUCCGACACAGGGUCAAAGGGAAGAAGUCCACAUUCAGAAUUGCAGAGAAUUCACAAAACCGUAAAGUAACUGACUACUAUCCUAUACGACGAAGCUCCAGGAAAAGUAAAGCAGAGCUGAAGUGUGAACAAAAGAAGCACAUUGAUGAUCUAAUCACAAAUGGGUUAGAGGAAGGAAUGGAGGUUCAGCAUAUAGAGGGGAAGGGAAGAGGAGUAUUUGCAACUCAGUGUUUCCAGAAAGGCCAGUUUGUGGUUGAGUACCAUGGCGACCUGCUGGAAAUCACGGAUGCCAAGCAAAGGGAGAUGGAGUACGCUCAAAACCCUGCCACCGGCUGCUAUAUGUACUACUUCCAGUACCUGUGCAAAACAUACUGCAUCGAUGCCACAAAAGAGACGGGUCGUAUGGGCAGGCUGAUCAACCACAGUAAAAUGGGCAACUGUCAAACCAAACUCCAUGACAUCAACGGCAUACCUCACCUCAUCCUCAUAGCAUCUCGAGACAUCGACGAGGGAGAAGAGCUCCAGUACGACUAUGGGGACCGCAGCAAAGCCUCCAUUGCUGCCCACCCGUGGCUCAAACAUUGAUAGAGAGAUCGGCUCGAAGAAAAGGGAAAAGCUGUUAUUUCUUAAUAGAUUUUUUUUUUAAAUGUAAAAAGAAUUUGCCUUAGCAUCAGAAUGUGUAACAAUUUAUUAAGUGGGGAGGGGGGAGGGGGUAGUUUGUGUGUGCGUAGGGGUGUAUACAAAUGUUUUUGGGGGGGAUAUAAUGACAAACACAUCUAGAUUGAAGACAUCAAUACUUUUAAUAUAUAUCUAUCAGUAUAUAAAACAUGCUAGUGUUUUCCACCACAUCUCUUUUGUAUAUUUUGUAUUAUCAGUAGAGUGCUUCCAUGGCAUGCAGGUAGUAGUUAUAAUGUUCUGCAUUUUUAUACAAUGUUUUUCUUAAUUGGUUGUGUGACAGUUGCUUAGCAAUAAUUAUAUUUAUGGCACCAGAGACCUUCUGGUUCAUGCAGAAAACAAAACUAUGAGAUGCAAACUACGGGCCCUCUUCAAAUGGUUCUGUAAAACUGGAAUGUGAUUCCAAACAUUGAAACACACUUUAUUUAAAAUGUUACCCUUAUGCCAUGCUGUGUUGGGUUGUUUUAUGAACUUGAACAAAUCUGUACCUCUUAAACACACAAAGCGGUCGCUUGACCACAACCAAAUGCUCCAUGUGAAAGUGUUUGAAUAAGUCACUUUGAUCGGGUGAAGGCAUUGUUGAAUAAACUUGUUUUAUGCAAAAGCAUUUCCUGUUCAGAAUCUGGUUUUAACCUAAACUUAUGUCGCUGCUGUUUAAUAAAUGCAGAGUAGUCUAACAGUUCGCUUGUUUUUACG